CACGAUGACGAUCAGCUAAAGCCGAAGAAGGGCGCUUUAAGCUGCGUCACUUCCAGCCUCUCUCAUUUUCGAAGCCAUCCUCUUCUAACACCGCUGGCCGGUGUUGGUACCGAAGCAGCCCCCCGGUGACCAGACACCUCUCCCCGAACUCUGGCGUCGUCCAAAUCAGAUUAUUAUCAUUAGUGCCCGCGUGGAAAGUGAAUCCUGACGUAAGAGGCUUAAAUCCCCCGCCGCCGUCGCCGCCAACACUCUCUUCUUCAUCCCGACAACGGCGGAGGCGUCCACGCCGAACACCCGACAUGACUCCUCCGCUUCUUCUCUGAGACGAACCUGGAACGGGACCGACCAAGCAGCAGCCCGGACAUGGCGUCGUAUCUCCAGAUCGCAGAUGACGAGAAAGGUUACGACCUGGAGCUUUUCUGCGUACCCAGACAUUACGAGAAGGAUUUGGACAAGGUGAUCAUUCCUCAUGGACUCAUCAUGGACAGGACUGAACGCUUGGCUCGCGACAUCGUGCGGGACAUGGGGGGCCACCAUAUUGUCGCCCUUUGCGUGCUGAAGGGUGGCUACAAAUUCUUCGCGGACCUGCUGGACUACAUUAAGACGCUGAAUCAGAACAGCGAUAAAUCGGUCCCGUUGACGGUGGAUUUUAUUAGAGUGAAGAGUUAUUGCAAUGACAGAUCAACCAACAACGUCAAGGUCAUCGGAGGCGAUGAGCUUUCCAGUCUCUCGGGCAAGCAUGUUUUGAUAGUCGAGGAUAUCGUGGAGACGGGACGAACGAUGCAGACGCUGCUCUCCUUGCUAAGUGAAAACAGGCCCAAGAUGGUGAAAGUGGUGAGCCUCCUGGUGAAGAGGACCCCCAGAAGUUCAGGCUAUCGACCAGAUUACAUCGGAUUUGAAGUACCUGACGCUUUCCUCGUGGGCUACGCGUUGGACUACAACGAAUACUUCCGAGACCUCAGCCACAUUUGCAUCCUGAACGAUGAAGCCAAGGAAAAGUACAAAGUGUGACGCGAUGGCGACUGAGCCGACGCCGACUGGGACCACUGUGACGAGCAUCCUGUUCUCUUUAUUUUUCUACACAAGAGUCUGCAAAAUGUGCAAAUAACAUUUAGAAUGACAGCUAUUUUGCGUGUAUAAUUUAUUUAUUGAGGUUAAAAGUUUUAACUGUAUAUUUGGAUUGCUCCUGAUGAUUAAGAAAGAGAAUGUAAUCAUUUGCUGACUCAGGCUUAUUAUGUUUAGUGAGUGGAAAGGAGCCUUUUAGUUUGCACAUCCACUCUAUAGUAUAUUUAAUGAUGUCAUUGUACUGUAUAGUCCCACUCAUGGACUGACUUACUCACGUACUGUAUGUUUUAUUUGGGGAAUGGCACUUUGAUGAUGGUCACGCAGCUGCAAUACAAUUCAUUUGAAAGCA